AAACUUUAGAAUCAUAGCCUUUAUAAACUUACUAACCCUAUCUCUGUAGCCCUUUAACUCCAAGGCUGCCAACUUUCCGAUAAGGAAAGUAUCGAUUUUUCAGUGACGUCGCGAUGUCAGAAAGUGCCCACAAAAGUGCUAGUUCUCCCGUGAAAAUCCUCUUGCCAGCGUCAGGGAAGCUCUUUUUCCAGCACAAACCCGACUACGUCUUCUGUAAGCCCCACUUGAUGCCCCUGAAGUCCAUCACAGUGGAAAAAUUGGAGAAAAUGCAGCUGGAGACGCAGAAAUUGAGGAGCAAAACAGCCCAGAGUUAAAGUCGUCACAUCGCCAUCUGUUUUUUCUUGGGAAAAUUUUCUGGAGGGGCGCUUUUCUUGGUGAAAAAUGGCCUGGUUGCUGGAAUUUUCACUCAUAUCAUCUUUUGUGAUAGCCUGUGUGUCUCUGUAUCGGUACGGGAAGGUGCAGCAGCAGAAUGUCCUGGUCACAAUAACCGUCGCAAUUGCCUGGUGCUUCUCCUUCUCCAUCGUCUUUAUCAUUCCACAAGAUAUCACAUCGACUGUGUAUAGGCAGUGUCUCCAGGAGAACAAUGUCACAGUUGAUGGGAUGGGUAAUGCAUCAACUAGUCCAGAUCUCAGUACUUGUCAGCAGCCGUGGGGAAUGGUGUCGGACUACGUAUUCCUCGAUCUCUGGCGCAUCAUCUACUGGUCAUCCCAGUUUCUCACCUGGCUCAUCAUGCCACUGAUGCAGUCCUACCUCAAAUCCGGCGAAUUCACCAUCAAGGGGAAGCUGACGUCAGCUCUCGUGGACAAUGCCAUCUACUACGGGACUUAUCUCUUCAUCUGCGGCAUCCUCCUGAUCUACCUCAUUGCCAAGCCCGAGAUCAGUCUCGAUUGGCAGAAGCUCAAAGCGAUUGCCUCAUCAGCUUCCAAUACCUGGGGUCUCUUCCUCCUGAUCCUCCUCCUGGGAUAUGCCCUGGUGGAAGUUCCACGGGGUCUCUGGAAUGACUCAAAUCCCCAAUUUACGCUGAUGCACGCAUACUUCAAACUGUCCAAGCUCAAUUCGGAGAAGAUUGAGGCCGAGGAGAAUGUCGAGGAUGUCCUGGAUUCGCUCAAUUUCAUCAGCAAUACCAUUCCGCAUCAUCACGAGCUGAGAGUCUACGUGAACAUCAUCAACAGGAAGGUCCCCGUGGAGUUGAUGGAGAAGUACAAGAGGAAGGACGCUGAGCAGAAUAUGUCCAGUGUAAUGCCAUCGGAAAAAUCCCUGAGUCGAUUGCAUCGCCAAGUCAUUAAAUCCCUGCAAGUUCUCCAGAGAACGCAGGCUCUUUGGAACAUCCAGAUUGAGAAGGUGCUCCACUAUGAGAAUAUACUGAAGAACUUGCAUUCCUCAGACCGGAGUUUCCGGUGUGAAUUUUCAACUUCGCAAAGCAGAUUCCAGAAUGCAAAAGUGGCGUGGUAUUGGUACUGCCUGAUGCGUCCGCCACUGAUGAAGGCUCUGGCCAUUGCUACGGCUUUUCUGUCCGUGACGGUGGUCUGGUCCGAGUUGACAUUCUUCAAUCGCUCGCCAGUUCUCUCGAUCUUUGCCAAUGUGGUGAAUGUGGCAAAGAGGAAUUAUGAUUUCCUGACCAUUGAGCUCUUUUCCAUGUUUGUCCUCUGCUAUCUCUGCUACUGUGCAUAUUCCACGGUGUUUAGGAUUAAGUUCCUGAAUCUGUACUACCUAGCACCGCAUCAUCAGACCAAUGAGCACAGUUUGAUUUUCUGCGGGAUGCUCCUGUGUCGUCUGACUCCGCCGAUUUGUCUGAAUUUCCUGGGUUUAAUCCACAUGGAUUCACACAUUAUCAAGGAGAGAAUCUCAGAGACUUGGUAUACGCGUGUAAUGGGGCAUAUGGAUGUGUUGGAAAUCAUUUCAGAUGGCUUCAAUAUCUACUUUCCCAUGCUCAUGAUUGCUUUCUGUCUGGCCACGUGGUUCAAUCUCGGCAGCAGGACACUCAAUGCCCUUGGAUUCCAGCAGUUUAUGGUCAAUGAGGAUAUGUCCGAUGAGAUUGUCCAGGAGGGAAAGGAUCUAAUAUCGCGGGAAAAGCGAAAGAAGCGCCGAAUGGCGGAAUCCUCGAUGCGCAGGAGGAGUGGAAAUGAAAUUCGGGGAGGGAAUUAUUUGUCGGAGAAUGAGAGCAGCCAGAUUGCCAAUGAGAAUUUCCGUGUGGUGGAAAAUACGGAUUUUGACGAUAUCCGGAACAAUAUAACGCAGAAUUUUGCCCUGGAUGUCGAUGAUAGCUUGAGCUUCGAUACAGAUGACAGGAUUGAGUUCCGGGCGUACACAAAUGACGAUAGUGGCCAUUUUAAGACACCUACUCGCUUAUUCGAUGAUGUGUGAUUUAAUUAAUUUGCAUAAUGUUGUAGCUUUGUAGAUAAUCGUCCAUGUAGUCCAACAAUUAUCACGUAAUAAAUUAACCAACUUUAGACACAAA